GCCAGCUGCCAAGGCGGCAAAGCUUCCCAGUCCUCCCCUGGUGCUUGGUCCAGAGUGGCGGCCAAAAGAGGGCUCUGUGCCCAGCCCGAUGAAGACGCUACUGACCAUCCUGGCUGCGGGGUCCCUGGUCGCUCACAUUGCUGAGGACACCUCGGAUCUCCUUCAGCACGUGAAGUUCCAGUCCAGCAACUUCGAGAAUAUCCUGACUUGGGACAGCGGGCCGAGGAGCACCCCAGACACAGUCUACAGUGUGGAGUAUAAGACGUACGGGCAGAUAGCGUGGCUGGCGAAGAAGGGCUGCCAGCGAAUCACCAGGAAGUCUUGCAACCUGACCAUGGAGACAGGCAGCCUCAUGGAGCUCUACUACGCCAGGGUAACUGCCACCAGCGCCGGAGGCCAGUCAGCCACCAAGAUGACCGACCGGUUCAGCUCACUGCAACACACUACCAUCAAACCACCCGAUGUGACCUGUAUCCCCAAGGUGAGAUCCAUUCGGAUGAUUGUUCACCCCACCUGCACUCCCCUCCGCUCAGAGGACGGCCACCGGCUAACCCUGGAGGACAUCUUCCAGGACCUGUUCUAUCGCUUAGACCUCCGGGUCAACCAGACGUACCAAAUGCACCUUGAAGGAAACCAGAGAGAAUACGAGUUCCUUGGCCUGACCCCUGACUCGGAGUUCCUCGGGACCAUCACGAUCUCUGUUCCAACCUGGUCCAAAGAGAGUGCCCCCUACAUGUGCCGUGUGAAGACACUGCCAGACCUGACGUGGACCUACUCCUUCUCCGGGGCCUUCCUGUUCUCCCUGGGCUUUGUGGCCGCCGGGCUCUGCCUCCUGAGCUACAGAUACAUCACCAAGCCGCCUCAGCCCCCCAAGUCCCUGGACGUCCAGCAUGUGCUGACCUUCCAGCCGCUGCAGUUCAUCCAGGAGCACGUCCUGAGCCCCGUCUGCGACCUCAGAGGCCCCAGCAGCCUGGCCCAGCCUGUCCAGUACUCCAGAGUCAUGGUCUCUGGACCCAGGGAGCACCCAGGAGCCCCGCCGCCACUGCCCAACCCGUCUGAGAUCGCCUACCUCAGGCAGCCGGACAGCUCCGCCCUGCAGCCCUCCAGGGCGCCGCCUCGCCAGGCACCCUCCCCGCUGUCCUACGCUCCGCAGGCCGCCCCCGAGGUCAGACCCCCGUCCUACACACCUCAGGCCGCCCCGGACAGCUGGCCUCCCUCCUACGGGCUGUGCGUGGAAGACUCUGGCAAAGACUCCCCACCUGUGACACACUCCAGUCCCAAACACCUCAGGCCUAAGGGUCAGCUCCAGAAAGAGCCACCAGCUAGAAGCUGCACCACGGGUGACCUUUCUCUGCGGGGGGUGGCCUCCUUGGCUGCGGAGGAGCCCAAAGAAGCAACAUCUCUCCAGCCGUCCCUGUGUGCUGACACAGACGGCGCACCUGACAUUGACGCGUUGCACAAGGCACAGCCAGGGACGCCGGGCUACCUGAAGAGCCGGCUGCCCCUCCUCUCCUCUGUCCAGAUAGAGGGCCACCCGGCGCCCCUCCCUUUGCACACUCCAUCCCUCCCGUGUUCUCCCACGGACCAGGUGUCUAGUCCCUGGGGCCUGCUGGAGUCCCUCGUGUGUUCCAACGACGAGGACCCGGUGCCCGGGACUGAGGCCAAGAGCGUAGCCCCUCGGGCCUCGGGCCCAGAGCAGCCCGCAGAGCUGGACUCUCUUUUCAGAGGCCUGGCCCUGACUGUGCAGUGGGAUCCCUGAGCGGCCAGCGGGCAGGUCUGGGCCUUCCUGCUUAUCCCCCACUGGGGCUGCGCACACAGCCCAGCCUCGGGGGUGACCUGGAGAGAACUGGAGGACGGGGACACUGGGUCCCUGCCGUGGUUGGAGCAAAGAGGUGCAACGAGGACUCCAUACAGGGAGUUACGGGUGGUGUCGUGUGUAAAUGUGUGUGCACGCAGCGUAUGCACGCAGAGCUCUGCAAGGCAGGACGGGACAGUCGGAGCUCGGGAGUGAAUGCAGAGAGACCUCCCGAGAUCCAGCACCCAGCUCCUAAUAGCACUGGUCACGAAAUCCUCCUGGAGCUCACCCCUCCUCCCCCGACUCCUGGCCAGGUUGAUAAUCUGAUCCGACAAAGAGGGAGGCCUCUGCCACUUCUGUGACUGUGCGUGAGAAAAGGAGCCUGAACUGGAUGCCUCCUAGCAGGCUGGGCAGAACCAGAAUGACCUGCACUUCUGCCAAGGCCAGAGGCAGCGCCAUUGCAAGACUCCAGGGAGGGGUGCAGCCUGGGGCUCAUUCCCAGCCGGGGCUGCUGCCUGAAGUUGCACCAUUUCUACUUCAUUCCUCUGCUAGAGGCUGUAUGUGUCCCAGGUGAAACGCAGGUCCGCCAGUGAGGGUGAGCACGUAAGCCUUUUCUGUUGCAGCAGUUUCAGACCCGGAUCUGAGAGCAGGGUUUGAAAGGAACUCAGGGAUGUGGGGCCCCCACACCCCCGGAGACAUAACCAACAAACUGUGCUGACUCUUCACAACUUUGGAAACUCAGCCUUAGGUUCAGCGCAUCUGGACCCAAAUUCCAGCCUCACCAUUUACCAGCUACAUGACUUCAAGCAGAUGAAUGAAUCACUGCUCAGAACCUCAGUCUCCUCAUUUGUAAAUGGGGAGAAUAACGCCUACCUCACUGGGCAGUGGUGAGGAUGGAAUUAAAUAACAUCUGUAAAGUGCUUACUAGUGCUCGACCUAUGGGCCGUGCCCAAUAAAUGCGAGCUAUUUCCUGUU